GUCAAUACUUGCUUCUACCGUUUGAUUUUUGAUUCAAGAAGGUUGAGCGGGAUGUUGCGAUGGAUGUUGAGUCACCUAGGGAAUUUGGAUACGUUGUGUCUUCAUGCAUAGGCGUCAUCCUUGACUCUCUUUACAACCUUAUUUCCACUGCUAUAUUUUUGAACUAUGCCUCAAGACUUUAUUUUACUUCAUACUACUUUUGGAAUAUCAAAUACUUUUAGACGUUAAUCCGUUGUUUAAUUCGUUACUCUAAAACGGUUUUUCGUAAACUAAAACCUUUGUUCUUUCGGAAAUUAUUUAGAUUUUGAUAUAUAUUUUUCCCCGCCGCUUCCUUUGAAAAAUCGUUUACUAUAAGUCUUUGCUAAUUAAUAAUGAAUUUUUAACAUUAAGUUUCUUUAAACUAAAAUAUUAUUCUUUUAAGCUAAUGAAGUCUUUCAUAUAAACUGUCAUCCUUAAAUGUUGUCUUUAUUGUUAUUCAGUGGUCACGAUCUCCUCGUUUAUCGUACCCCUAGUAUGGGCGGUCGUGACACAAUCUCUAUAUUCCUCUGGCGUCUUCUGGCCAAUAGAAUCCCUGUGGACACGAAGAUGCAAUGGAGGAGAAUCUCCCUGGCAUCUAUGUGUAGAUGUUGUAAAAGUCCCCAGGUUGAAUCUUGGCUGCACUUAUUCGUAAAUGGGGAGGCAGCUAGGAGAGUGUGGCAACAUUUUGUGAGAUGGUUUCCUCAGGUUCCGGCAUUUGGGGAGGCAGGUGAAAAUAUGGAAUUGAGGUUUAGGUGGUGGCAGAGGCAACUGGGAGUUCGAUCAGGUUUUGAGGGAGGCUCGGGCAUGGAGGUUGAGGUCUCGACAGUUCUUUUAGGGGUGAUCCUGGCCAAACAGCAUGGCAGCAGGAUCUGGAUUGAAUCUGAUGCUCAAAGGGUGGUGCGAUGGUUGUCUGAAGCGCAGCUUGGCCCAGCAGAGGUUUGCACAGAUCUGAUGAAGAUUAGGAAGGAGCUGCAAGGGUUGGGCUGGAAAGUAUCACACAUUUUCAGGGAAGGCAACAAAGCUGCAGAUUUCCACGCGGGUAUUGGGGUGCAAUCGGGGGCGAGAGUGUUUUAUUCAAGAAGUUCGGCUCCUUCUUAGGUAAAAGCAUUGUGCAGAUUGGAUCAGCUUAGUUUACCUAACUUUAGGUUCUGAUGUUGUUGUUCUUUGCUUUUGCCAUUUUUUGGUGAUGGUUAUUUGUAAUAGUCGUUGGUUGGUUUUGUAUGACUUCCCACUUUUGGGAGGGUUUUGUGUACUGUCUUCGUUUGAUGAUAUAUAGGGGAUGAGGGGCCUAC